AUGGGUUCUACAUGGAUUGCAACUUUAAUUCCCUCGCCAAUUCUGCACUUUGCGAURCCRUAUGUAUUCGACCGGUUGCCGCCACUCUUUCUUAUACUGYCCUUGUUUCCACUGGCUGCAGUUGGCCUGAGUUGCAUUCUCUUCUCUGCGCGUAAAGUUUGGCUGAUAUAUCUGGGGAUUUGUUUUCUUGGCAUAACUGAUUCRACAGCUGACGUAACAGCAAUCAGUURGACAGGCUACUUUGAGAAGAGCGCUGUGAAAUCAUAUUGUAUGGGAACAGGGUUUGGUUUCAUAUUUGGACCAAUAUAUUACACAGCAAUGACAAGCUGGUUCCACAUUUCCUACAAGAUUGCUAUUUCAGCUGUUGUCAUUUUACAACCGUGCGUAUUUCUUACCUGCUAUUUAUUGCUGGAUGACCGACGUCACAAAGUAAGAAUGGGUUACCAAACAAUCGUCGACGAAUCCUACGACAACAGCAAAACCAAAUUUGACAGUUUUUUGACAUUAUAUGAAAAGUUUUAUCACUUCUGUAAAGCUCUCCCKAAAAUAACACAAAUAGCGCUUGCAGAUGCGGUGUACAAUAUGACGUCCAGCGGAGUUGUAACUACACUGGCUUUCAGCAAUUCUCCUUUCUCAGCAUCUGAUCACUUUAAAUACUAUGUUGUUAUGACCUUUGCUGGUCUCUUUGUUGGACGAUCUUAUCUUGGAUGGGCAGACCUUAUCAAACAAGGUCUUGCAGACAAGAUUCUCAUACGUCACACUUGGAUUCUUGUAGUGAUGUCUGUCUGUCACAUGUUGGCUUUCAUUUUCGCUUCACUGUAUCGGUUCUUGCCAAAUGUAUGGYUCCCAUUAGUUCUGAUGRUUACGUUAGCGYUUAGCUGUGGUGCUGUCUUUGCUAAUGUAAGUGUUAUUGUUGGGGAAAUCGAAGAUCUGAGGGUACGGGAAUUAUCUAUAGGCUUGACAACAUUUGGAUUGGGUAUUGGUGCUUUAGGUGGUGCCAUAGUGGCACCUUUCGUUGAACASGUUUUAGUAAAACACUGCUUAAAGUACACAAAUGAAACAUUGAACUGCUUUACCAGAAAGAUUGACAAUUAAGACAUCACAAAACUGACAUUUUAGAAUACUAUUAUGAACAAACGAAAAAAGCAAAUAAAUAUU